AACUCUGUUACUCCUUCUACUGCGCAUGUGCCAGUUUGAAGCCAAUCGAGAUGAAUUAUAGGGCACUUCUCUACCAAUUAGAUUAUAUUAUCCAUCCUCAAUCCGGCCCCUGAUUUUUGCGCGUCCUCUCAGGAAUUCCCUGCUUACUCAAUCCAUUUCCAUGGAAACCCUCUGGUUAUAUCUUUUGAAAUGGAAAAGUUUUGGAAAGGCAGGGUAAGGGUGAGGGUGAGGGUACUUUAUCAGGGGUAAAAACUGGACUAUAAAAUUCUGACGCCACCUAGUCCUCUUUCUGUACCCUAUUUCCCAGAGUACUCAGCGGGACCUCUUGGGGAUGUAGAAGCGGGCGGAGCCGGGAAUAUAAAUAGAGACGCCCGCACAGCCCUCUGGAAAACACAGUCCCGCCCGCUCGGCGUGGCGGAACAUAGGUGCAGAAACUCCUGGAAGCUUCGCUGGGACCCGGAAAUUGCUGUGAGGAGGCUGGUGCGAGGAUUGGGUGUCCUGUUCUUUCGCAGCCCGGAAAACGCGUGUUAAGCUCGAGGACAGCAAUCUCGAGUUACGGCGGCGCGGUAGCUCGGGUCGCUGAAAGGCUUGCGGGCUUACCGGCUUGGUACUUAGCGAGAGGAAUUCAUGACCCACAACGUGGCCAUCACCUUAGAGGACUGGGAGCAGCUGGAGCUGGACCAGGGGGACCUCUUCUGGGACACAGCACUGGACAACUACCAGGACCUCUUCCUGCUGAACCCCCCAAGGCCCAGCCCAACCUCCCAUCCCAAUGGUGAAGAAGAGGCAGAGGCCCUGGUGGGAGGAAGCCCAGAAGCUGCAGACCAUGGCAUGCCAGAGACCAGGAACCCACCUCUGAAGUGGAAUGUCUUGGAAAAAGGACUCUCCCAAGGAAUUAUGGAGGUCUUCUGCAAGGAUGACCCUGGGAACUCCAGCUUUGAAGUCUGUCUAGAUGAGAGCUGGUUGGACAGUCUGCUGGGAGGUCCAGAAAGUGUUCUGAAAUCUGAUGUCACCAGUAAGGACAGUACCAUAGAAUGCAUGGGUCACGAAUUGAAAAGCCACCUGAAUCCUUGCCUCCUUUCCUCAGGAGAAGAGUCUGUGAUGCAUAUUACUGAAGAGAGUCUCACUCCAGCUAAGGCAGGGGAAUAUGGGAGUGACUUUGCCUGCAGCCCAGAGCACAGGCAGCUGUAUAAAUGCAGUGAGUGUAAGGAGAGCUUCAGCCAGGGUUACCACCUUAUUCAGCACUGGAUUACCCACAUGAGCGAAGAGCCAUCUGCACAGCAUGAGGACCGGAGCGGUUUAAGCCUGACUUCUUACUUGACUGUGUGUCCUGGGACUCCCAGAGGCUACCGAUCCUACGUGUGUAAGGAAUGUGGGAAGACUUUUAGUCAAAAUACGUACCUCCAGCAGCAUCAAAAAAGUCACAGUAGAGAAAAACAGUCUAAGAGUCAUCGUGGACAGCCUGUUAAGUGUCAGAAAGCUCCUAGAAUUCCUAAGUCUUACAAAUGUAGCAAGUGUGACCUGACUUUCACCCAGGCCCUUCAUCUUAUUAGGCACCAGAAAACCCACACUCAAACAUGCUACGAAUGUGCCAUUUGCCAGGCAGUUUUCACCUUGAGGAAGCAUUUCAGCCAACAUUGGAAAACUCAUACUGCAAAAACUGCCUUUGAGUGUGAGGAGUGUGGGAAGACCUUCAGGCAGAGAUUGUCAUUCGUCAAACACCAGGCUGGUCACACCGGGGAGAAGCCUUUCAAGUGUGAUGAAUGUGGGAAAGUCUUCAGCCACACCUCCACCCUGAAGAUCCACCAGAGAGUUCACAGCAGAGAGAGACCUUACAAAUGCAGUGAGUGUGCGAAAGCCUUCUCCCGGAAAAGUCACCUUCAUGAACACCAGCAGGUUCACACAGGCAGCAGACCCCACAAGUGUCAGGCAUGUGUCCGGAGUUUCAGCCGACCCUCACACCUGGUUAGACACCAGGCCUCUCAUGCCACCAACAGGCUCUUUGCCUGUAGCACAUGCAAGCAGACCUUCAGUAAUAAAGAAUACCUGGUGCAGCACCAGAAAACCCACGCCAUUGAAGCUCCCUAUAAGUGUCCAGAGUGUGAAGAACACUUUGUUUGCAGCUCAACCCUGAAUUGCCACUUGAGUGUCCAUGCCAAAGAAAAGCAAAGAUUCGAUGCAAGCAAGAAAGUUUUGGACCAGAACACAGGACAGAGAAAACAUCCAAGGCCUGAUGAGAAAUCCUUUAAGUGCGACAAAUGUGGAAAAGCAUUUAAUCGUAACAGGUACCUCACUCAGCAUAAGAAGACUCACAGCAGGGUGAAGCUUUUUGAGUACAACCAGUAUGGAAAAGCUUUUGGCCAGAGCGUGCAGCUGCUCUGCCAACAGAGAGUGCGCUCUGCGGUGAGGCCCCAAGAACGUGCUGAGGAUGGGAAAGUUGUCCCCAGAACCUCCUUCACCGGACAUCAGCCUCCUCAAGACAACCACCCCUUUAAAUGUAAUGAAUGUGGCGAGAUCUUCUGCCAAAGCACUCACCUCUCAGAACAUCAGUUAAUUCACACUAGAGAGAAGCCCUUUAAGUGUGAUGAGUGUGACCAAGCCUUCACACAGAGUAACCACCUUGUUCAGCACCAGAGAGUACAUGCCACAAAGAAGCAGUUUUUGUGUAGCGAGUGUGGGAAAAUGUUCCAUCAGAGUUCAUGCCUUUCUAAGCACCAGAGAACUCACACAGGAGAGAAGCCCUUUGAAUGUAGUGACUGUGGGAAAGCCUUUGGUCUGAAUGCUGAACUCAUCCGACACCAGAGAGUUCACACAGGGGAGAAGCCUUAUCUUUGUCAGGAGUGCGGGAAAGCCUUCAGCCAGAGCUCAUGCCUUUCUGUUCACCAGAGGGUUCACACUGGGGAGAAGCCCUACAUGUGUAACAAAUGUGGGAAAGCCUUCAGCCAGCGAGCUAAUCUAACUCAGCAUGAGAGAAUUCACACUGGGGAGAAGCCUUAUGCCUGUGAUGUGUGUGGCAAGGCCUUUGGCCUAAGGGCCCAUCUCAAUCAACACCAGAGAAGUCACACCCAGGAGAAACCGUACCAGUGUCAACAUUGUCAGAAAGCUUUUAAGUCCUUUUCUGCCCUCAUCAGACACCAACGACUUCACACUCAAAAAUAAUGGGUAGCAAUACUGUUCAUAGCCAAUAGGGGCAUAACAGUUAACAGACAUCCAGACAUUCUUCUAAGCUCAGGUUUGAAGCCAACAGCACAUUGCAAGCUUCCUCUCCUCCAGAUUAGUAAGUCUCUUUAUUAAUAAAGAUAGAUUAGAAAGCUUACACACAAGAGUUUUAUUAAAACACAAAAAUUGAGAAGCAGUGUUACAUUGGGAUUCAGAAAUAGACUCUGGAGCCAGCCUUUUUGAGGUAUAUGCCACCUGUCAUCCUCUGCCCUAAGUUACAUUGGGAAAGUCCUAAAUGUCUCAGAGCCUCGGUGUCUUAAAAUCUGUAAAAAUGAGGGGCCAGGGAUAUAGCUCAACAGCACAAGUGCCUGCCUGGCAAGUCUAAGGUCUUGAGUUCAACUGCUGAUACCAAAAAAAAAAAAGGCUGAGGCAGGAGGAUCACCUCAAGUUUGAGGCCAGCCUGAAACACGUUGUGAAACCUUGCCUCAAAUAAGACCAAAAAAAAAAAAAAAAACUGUAAAAUGAGUGUCAUAGUUGCCUACCUCAGUGCUAUUGUAAAAGUUGAAUAAGUAAGUGUUAGAGCUAAUGCCUAGCACAUAAUAAGCACUCACCUACUGUCAGCUAUGUAUACAUGUGGGUUAUAUUCUUUUAUAUUAAAAGAACUAAUAACGUGUUAGCUACAUUUGAUGUUCUCUGUGCAUAGCUUUUAAGUUUUUUUAAGUUUUCGUUAAGCACUUUGUACCCCAGCCCUUCCUUUUUUUCCACGUCAGAUGGGUAAUGUGCCGAUGUCAUAACAAGGUUCAAAGGAGGCACAUGUCAUACAUGGAGCAUGAACACCCGAUCAUCACGCUUAUGAACCUGAGGAUCUCCCCAGCCCUUUUUUAUAUUUAUUUAUUUAUUUAUUUGGUUUUAGACAGAGUAUUGGUAAACUUCUAAUUUACCCAGGUUGGGCUUGAACUCACACUCUCAUGCCUUAGCCUUCUAGGGUGCUGGGAUUAUGGGCCUGUGCCAACUUGCUCUUAUCAUGUUUGGUUUUUUCCUUUUAUCUCUGCUCUAUUCUUGACAGUUCCAUGUAAAGCCACGAAGAAAAUGGAAAGGUCUCAUCUCAAAAGGCUAAAGCUUUUUGUUGACUUCACAGAUCCCUCUCACAGAAGAUUCCCCUUCCUUGUUCAUGUGCCACAUUGCAUACCACUCUGCCACAGCCAUUGGUUAAACCAAGUCUGUCCAGGGAAGUUAACAGUAAUGCAAAUGGCGAUAUUGAUGCGUGGAUUCUGCUAACUUGGAGGCAGUUAAGAAAGUAAUAUUGGAUGGUGCCACGUGAAACACAAAGUAUGCUAAAGACCUACUUGGUGAAGAUUGGUGCAUGGGAGUGAUUGUAGAAUUGUUCACAAUUUAUCCAGUGUAAACAAUUUGGUGGGCUCCAGGAGAAGGAAUACUAAUGACUAAUGUCGCUGAAACUUCUGGCAACAGGAAGGGAAGUGACUGGUUUUCAUAGAGGAUCACUGUCAGUUGCCAAUUAGCAUCUUUCAAAUGCCACAUUUCCCUCUCCAGAAAGAUCUGGAACCACCAAGAAUCGCUGGCGAGCCCCACAAGGAGAGAAUCUUUCCCAUCAGAGCCCUGGGUUCACCUUGCUCAGACCUAUUUCAUCAGCUGACACCAUGUCGAGCCACAUGACCAGCCUCAAACUUCUCUGGGCUUUCGUGGCACAGUCACAUUCACUGAAGCAACAAUCUUACGAAAACGCUGGAUCUGGACACUUUACUGUGUUCUGUAUUUGAGGUACUUUAAUUUUUGGACUCUGAUCCUCUGGUUGCUUUGAGUUCUACUGCUUAUAGUUGAGAAUGUGCAGUGUGCUCCAUGGGCCGUGCCACAGGGCUGAGCCUUCUGGUUUUCAAAUGCUGACACAGGAAGGGUGUCUGCAGGACAGACACAGUUGAUGGAAAGUGUAUCCAACAGAGUUUUGACACCAGUGAUAGACAGCAGACUUCCUGAAGAAGUUGGCGGCCUUUGUGGGGAGUCCUUGGUUUCAUUACCUGUUUUGCAGGUGGCCAGUGUAGACAUGUCUGCCAUGUGUAUAUGUCAGCUGGUUCUCUGAUUAAAGUUUUGAAUCUUUAAAGAA